CUCUAAUCUUAAAUAAAAAUAAAAUAUAAAGUAAUAUCAAUCAUCAGGCAAUAUAAAUAGUUCCAGUACGAAUUUGGAGAUUAUGAAUUUCUUACUACUCCUGGACAAAGUACAUUAUUUAUCCACAAUCUAUUCGUUGGUCAAUAAAAUUCUUAUUUCUGAAUUAGGUAAUUGAUCAAUUCAUUUUAAAAUUAAAUAUAAACUAUAACUAAAAACUAUUAACACUUAACUAUAACUAGUAGCCAUUUAAAUGCAGUAUAAUUUAUAAUUUUUGUUUUUUUAUUAAAUAUUGUUAUUUAUUUUUUAAUACUCAUUUAGAACUGUACAAAAACUGCUUACAAUACUUUUAAAUAUAAUUAUAAUUAUUAAUUUACAUUAGAAUAUAAUAUUAUUUUUGUGAUAGUUGCAUAAUUAAAAUGGGAAUUUUUAUAUUUUAAAGUUGGUCUUUCCGCAUUUUCGGCGAUUUUUAUUAGAACAACAUUAGUGGUAAAAAUCAAUCAUACAUAAUGGUUCGGAGUCGGAAAACAAUGUUUCGCGAGCGGCGCCGGUGCGAAGGGAACGAUCGGAGCGGUCGAGACGUCGAGUCGAACGGAGCUGUGGCCGAUGACUGUUGAACGCCGACGGCGAGGGUAGUGUCCAACGUCCGCCGCGAGUGACGCACAGCGGGAAGCAGAAAUGUGGCGCGAAACCCGCCCCAAUACCAUGGCUAUGGAUACUAUAAAUUGUAUAGAUACUAUAUACUAUAGUAUAAUAUAUUAUAAAUGUAUCUGUAGCCAUGAUAAUAUAUAUUCAACUAUAUGACGUACAUAAGAUAAUUUAUGUCAAGGUUUAUAUUUAAUAAUAUAGAUAUUAACUAUAAAUCUAAUCUAAAUCUAAACUAUAAAUUUCCGCCCAAUUUUGAAAUGUAAACUUAGUUUAAAAAACAAAAUUCUCAUAUACAAAGUUAUACUAGCUCCCAUUUGGACAUACGGCAUCCAAAUAUGGGGACAGGCCAAGCCGUCUAACAUCCGCCCACUAGAAGCUUUNAUGGUAUGUCACAAACCAAAACCUACAUAACGAUUUACAUAUUCAAACACCAAAAAGAUUAGCCCAUCAAUACUAUAAAAUUUUUCACAACAAACUAUCAAAAAAUAAGAACCCUCUUAUCUCUCAAAUGUCCUCUCUAACUAUACCAGGAAACCCUACCAGACGACUAAAAAGAAAAUGGCCUAGAGACUCCUUAAACCAAUAAAAAAACAAAACAAAAAACAAAUAAAAAUUAUGUAAAUAUUCAAGUUCAGAGGUGCUACUAAUGAGUAGUUUCCUCAAAAACGUCCUCAUAUUAUGUAAAAUAUUCCCGUUUUAAAACAUUUACUUAUUGUACUUCUUAAGUAUAGAUUAUAAAUAAGCUGUAUUAUUAAUAAAAAAAAAAAAUUAUAAAUCUUGAAUUUAUGUGGUACAACUUCCAGACAAUAAAAAACGGUUUAUAUCACUUUUAAAAUAAAUGGUUUUAUCAGUACCUGUCUACCUGGAAUAAACGACACUGUUAACUUAUUAAUAUUAGAGAUGGCUAUUUUAAAAUGUAUACCUAGGUUAUAAUGAUUUAAUGUGGUGUGUGGA